CUUUCAAUGGUUACAACAUUGCACCAUUUGUUUUGUCCGGGAUCGCCGUUCGAAUUUUCAUGUUUUAGUAGUUAAAUUAAGUGUUUUCCAAUCAUUCUCGAUGUUGGACAAAGUGAAACACAUAAUUCUGGUGCUGUCCGGUAAGGGCGGAGUGGGAAAGUCGACCGUGAGCACACAACUAGCGCUAGCGCUCGCGGAAGCAGAUCAGAAGGUCGGACUGCUGGACAUAGACCUUUGCGGGCCCUCGGUUCCGUUCUUGCUUGGAUUGGAAGAUCAUGAUGUGCACCAGUGCGAUGAGGGCUGGGUGCCGGUGUACACGACCGCAGAGAAGAAGCUGGCCGUCAUGUCGAUCGGAUUUCUGCUCAAGAACCGCUCCGAUGCCGUUAUCUGGCGUGGUCCUAAGAAGACGGCAAUGAUUAAGCAGUUUCUCGAGGAUGUCAACUGGGACGAGCUGGACUAUCUGAUCAUCGACACCCCACCGGGCACAUCCGAUGAGCACAUCACCGUGAUGGAGUGUCUGAAGACGGUGAACACGGAUGGAGCGAUCAUCGUGACCACGCCGCAAGAAAUGUCGCUCGAGGACGUCCGGAAGGAGAUCACUUUCUGUAAAAAGACGGGCAUCAAUAUCCUCGGAGUGGUGGAGAACAUGAGCGGGUUCGUGUGUCCAAACUGCUCCGAGUGUACCAACAUAUUCUCCUCCGGUGGAGGCCAGCUGUUGGCCGAACUAGCGAAAGUGCCUCACCUCGGUACGCUACCGAUCGAUCCGAGAGUCGGAGAGCUGGCGGGGACGGGGAAAUCAUGUGUUCGGGAACUACCGGACUGUACGACGACCGAGGUGUUGCAGAAGAUUGUCACUACGCUCACGGCCGGUGGCAAAUAA